AUGCGCCUCACAGCAGCAACAACAACAGCAAUCGGACUCGCGGGCCUGGCCGCCACGCAGGCCAGCGCCUUCACGCCCCUCAACAUCACGGCGCUGUCGAGCCGCGACGGCUACUCCGUCAUCGAGUGCUGGCAGCUCGCCGCCGAGCCCGUCGAGGCGCGCGCGGCCCUCAACUACGCGGUCGGCGGCGACCUGACGCGCGCCGAGUGGUCCAUCAUCCAGCCCCGGACGACGGUGGGCGAGGCUUGGGCGCCGGCUGUGCAACUCACCGUCAUUGUCAACGGCCUCAUCCGCAUCACGUCCCCGGCGCCCAGGAACACGUCGCAGGCCAUGCCGUCACCUGGGGCCGCUACGCCGCCGGGCCAGACCGUGGCAUAUAUCCAGCCGGGGACCCUGUCGUCGUCGGUCGUCAUCGCGGCAGACCCGCGGAACGUGAGCGUGCACGCCGGCCACUUCACUGAGUUCCCCGGCGACGAGCCGACGGUGCUGGUGCAGGUGCCGUUCGCCGGGAACGCGGCGCCGGAGCACACCGUUGUCGGGGACGGGCCCUGUGAUAGGGGGACCUGGGCGUUCUGA